AUCUUGCAAAGGACAAACUGUCGUGUUGCUAUCACAACUGACCUUUGGACAGCUGAAAAUCAAAAGAGAGGCUAUAUGGCAGUGACUGGACAUUUUAUUGAUGACUCAUGGACGCUUAGAAGCUGCAUAUUGAGGUUUAUGUAUGUGUCAUGCCCCCAUACAGAAGAGGUUAUUUGUGAUGCAUUGCAUAAAUGCCUGCAGAGUUGGGAUCUUAAUCGGAGGGUAUCAACUGUGACUCUUGACAAUUGCAGUGCCAAUGAUAACAUGAUUGGCUUAAUGGACACAAGGCUUGGGGCGGCUAAUAUGCUAUUGAAAGGAAAAUGGCUGCACAUGCGGUGUUGUGCACAUAUUCUCAACCUCAUUGUGAAAGAUGGCAUGGUAGUAAUUGGAACUGCAGUUGCGCACAUCCGAGAAAGUGUUGCUUAUUGGAUUGCUACUCCAAAAAGGCUGGUGGAAGUUGGAGGGAGCUCGUUAUCCUACUUUGAGGCUAAUUGCUCGUGACAUUUUGGCUAUUCCAAUCACCACAGUAGCUUCUGAAUCGGCUUUCAGUACUAGUGGGAGGGUUUUAAGUGAGCAUCGCAGUCGUCUUACUCCUAAAAUGUUGGAAGCUUUGAUGUGCAGUCAAAGUUGGCUUCGUCACAACC